AAUCUGAUGCGCAGAGAGAGGCGAGGAAGACGAAGAAUAAGAAGUGGAAACAGGAGAAGUUCGGGCAUUGAUUGGUUCUGUCUGUGCACGGAUUCCGCUCUGGGGGAAUAAGUGUGUUUUUACUUUGACUGGGGCUUCUCCUCUCCAAUCAGAACUGUGGAUCAUGCACUGACAACAAACAAAAGACCUAACGAGCUAGCCGCUCAUGUCUGGUUUUAAUUUUAUCUGUCAGAUUGUUUGCUUUUAGAGAGAAUAAACCGUCUUCUUACGUUUGAUUAGCUUGCAAGCAAACGUCGCAGCGCUUAAUUCGUUUGCGGGCGGGCCAGCUCUAGAAGUUUUUAUCGGAGCUAGCUUGGUGAGCUAGCUGGCCGUUUGCUUGUAGGUUAUAUUUUAAUAGAUAGCUGAACGUCCGAUCGCCAUGUCCGGGCAGUCCUCGGGCUGUGGGUUUCUGAUGUCGGUCGUGGUUCACGGAGACUCGACUCUCAGCGAACAGGAAAAAGAGCUCAGCCAGCGUCUCCGGCGACUCUACCCGGCCGUAAAUGAACAAGAGACCCCGCUGCCCCGCUCGUGGAGCCCCAAGGACAAGUUCAGUUACAUCGGCUUGUCUCAGAACAACCUCCGAGUGCAUUAUAAAGGUCACGGGAAGACCCCGAAAGAUGCAGCUUCGGUGCGGGCGACCCACCCCAUCCCAGCCGCCUGUGGGGUCUAUUACUUCGAGGUCAAGAUUGUCAGCAAAGGCAGGGACGGGUACAUGGGAAUCGGUCUCUCAGCCCAAGGCGUCAACAUGAACAGACUCCCAGGUUGGGAUAAACACUCGUAUGGUUACCACGGCGACGACGGCCACUCAUUCUGCUCCUCGGGCACGGGGCAGCCGUACGGGCCCACGUUCACCACGGGCGACGUCAUCGGCUGCUGUGUCAACCUGAUCAAUAACACCUGCUUCUACACCAAGAACGGCCACAGUUUAGGUAUUGCCUUUACUGAUUUACCGCCGAACCUCUACCCCACAGUGGGCCUGCAGACACCCGGCGAGGUGGUGGACGCCAACUUCGGCCAGCACCCGUUCGUCUUCGACAUCGAGGAUUACAUGCGCGAGUGGAGGACCAAGAUCCAGAUGCUGAUCGGCAGGUUCCCCAUCGGGGAACGCGAGGGCGAGUGGCAGUCCAUGAUCCAGAAGAUGGUAGCUUCGUACUUGGUCCACCACGGUUACUGUGCCACAGCGGAAGCGUUCGCACGUUCCACGGACCAGACAGUGCAUGAGGAGCUCGCCUCCAUCAAGAACAGGCAGAAGAUUCAGAAGCUGGUGCUGUCAGGGCGGAUGGGCGAAGCCAUCGAGACGACACAGCAACUGUACCCCAGCCUCCUGGAGAGGAAUCCCAAUCUUCUCUUCAUGCUCAAGGUGCGGCAGUUCAUAGAGAUGGUGAACGGCACGGACAGCGAGGUGCGCUGCCUGGGCGGCCGCAGCCCCAAGUCCCAGGACAGCUACCCCGGCAGCCCCCGGCUCUUCGGCAGCCCCAGCCUGAGCCCCAGCCACGGGCCCAACAUCCACAGCCUGGCCUCACCCACCAAAGCCGGCAGCUCCCACUCCUACCUGUCAGGUUUCGACAGCAGCUGCAGUAACGGGGUGGCGCCCCCUAAGCCCCACCCCCAAUCCCACCCCCACAAGCAGUCGCCCCCAACCCUGUCCAACGCCGAGCUCAACACCAUCAACAGCACGCGGAGUCAGCAUGGCGGCACCUGUACCAGCAAUGACAUGGACAUGGAGGUGGACCACUAUAGCAACGGCGUGUCGGAGGGCACCUCCAACGGCUUCCUGAACGGCAGCUCCAAGCACGACGUCGAGCUGGAGGACUGCGAGAACGACAUGGAUGUGGACCCCACCCUGCCCAGGCGGCAGCUGUGCGGCGGCAGUCAGGCAGCCAUCGAGCGAAUGAUCCAGUUCGGCCGCGAGCUGCAGAGCAUGAGCGAGAACCUCCGGCGUGAGUGCGGCAAGAACGCGGCCAACAAGAAGAUGCUGAAGGAUGCGUUCAGCCUGCUAGCUUACUCGGACCCCUGGAACAGCCCGGUGGGCUACCAGCUGGAUGCCAUACAGAGGGAGCCCGUCUGUUCUACCCUCAACAGUGCAAUAUUAGGUAGGGCCCUGCCUUUGCAUAGAGUGGACCCAAGAGGUAUGCCUGGUCUCGUCUGGGUGCUGGGUUCAGAAACGUGUGCCCCAGCAGACAUGUGA